CACACACACAUUAGUGACUCAGUGAAGCAGUGACUUAUAGAGAGGCAGAAUUCAUUUUUUUAUUUAUUAAUUUUUUUUUAAAAAGUUUCAGCUGCUGUGUUUGUCCUCGGCUCGUCCACCGGGUCACCGUCAUGGCUCUCACAAAUGUGUGUCUAGCAUUAUUGUGGGGCCUCGCUCUGUGGAUUCCUAGUGUCACAUCCUUUUGUAACGUCACCUGCUCGACGGACUAUGACGUUUUGCUGAAUUGCUCGUGUUCGGGCUCCGUGCCGACAUCUCCUGUCCGACUCCACGUCAGCUGCAGAGAUGAGGAGGAGGAGGAGGAGGUUAACGGCAGCUGUGUGGUCACACUGCCUCAGUCCUGGUGCACCAUGCACAUAGAGAACCUGUACGAAGUUGCAUCCAUCGGGAACAAGUGCAGAGCCACGGCCAGUCAAAGCCACGGAGGAACAGUGAAGAGCAGUGAGCCAUCGAUCUGGGCUCUGAGUGAAGUGGUGAAACCUCAGCCUCCUUCCAACGUGCAGGUGACACUCAGUGACGAGUCCUACAACAUCAGCUGGGCGAGCAACAACCCCACCGACUGUAUCACCUACAGGCUGCGUGUGCGAGAGAGCAGAGACCUGUUCAAUGAUCCAGUUCAUUCCCUCUUCAUGGAAACAACGUACAUCCAGUUACACUAUAGCAAACUCCAGCCACAGGUCAACUACACUGUGGACGUUCAGGCCAAAAUGUGUCCUGGAUAUUUGUACCAGGGUCCGUGGAGUGAGUGGAGCGAGACUGUGGAGUGGAGAACAGGUCCUUCUGUGGUUGUUGAGGGAACGAUUAGAUAUGAGUGGGUCAUCUCUCUCGUGGUGCUUCUCAUCAUCCUCUUCCUGUUGCUGUUUUGUUGUAAACAUCAGUUUUGGCUAAAAAGACUGCAUGUGGUCGCAUACAUCCCCAGACCAAAUGUGUUCUUCGAGUCGCUCUACCAAGACUACAACGGGAACUUCAAGGAAUGGGUGAAGCCUGUGUUUAGUGAGGACGAUUAUUACACACAGUCUUGUGUUCACGCGACGAGCGAAAAGCAGCACGACAUUCUUCAGUGGAGCGACGAGAAGAAAAGCUGCAGAGAGGACGGCGAGACCACAGAGGACGGCCCGUUCCUCUGUGUGCUGCAGCCUCACAGCGGCCUGCGGCUGCCGCCCUUCCUGGACCAAGGCGGUUCCCAGGGAACGGGCCACUCUGUGGGACAUGUCUCCAUCCACACUGUCACCCUGUCUGGGGAGGAGUUUGAGGAGGAGGAAGUGAUGUCACGGAGCUCCCUCACAAGUUACCAAGCUGGAGAAAGCUUUGGUUCAUUUGAAGAGGACAGUGGAGAGCUUGGUGUGGACACGUCUCAGUUGGAGAGACAAAGUUUGAUGUUACCACAAUAUGAAAACCACAUCCCCGAUGAUCCAGAGCUUCAUGAGCCGGAGAGACUGUCACUGGACUCGUUUGCCUCAAACGGGCAGUCAGAGGACGGCUACCCUCAUGUGGACUUGGACACCAUUGACAGUGGGUUUGUGGAGUGCAGCAGCCCCGGAGCCUCAGACUCAGACACAGCAGAGCACACACAUGCUGAUUUAUUUCAGGAGCACAACAUCUCAAAUUCUAACUAUGUCAAGCAGUGGAUGAUAUGUAACACUAUUCAGGAGGACGGCAGCAAUAACCUGGACAAUCAGCUGUGUGGAGCACAGUCAUCAUCGUAGCUGACUUACUGUCACAACACGAGAUACUGUGUGCUUUGUUCAGGCUGAAAUGUUAAGCUGUGCACUUUAUUCUUUGUACUGUAUAUCAUUUGGUCCAUUCAUUGGUUUACAACAUUACACAUUUGUGGCUUUUUUCUGCUCAAAAGUGUAUUUUUAUAGACCUUAUUUUUGGCAGAGACAGUUCAGUAGAAGUAUUUCUGCUCAGCCGUUGAGAAGCUUCACACAGCAGACACAUGACAUCGCUUCCAGAAAACAAGCAUCAUGUGUUCACUCAGGGCUCCAUUUAACAGCAAUUUAAGCAAAAGGCUUCAAUGGACAGGAAUUGUUUGAUCGUCAGCCGCAAAGAAGACGGGAAUGUGGAUGCAAUGUGCUGUAAAAACUCCAGGGGUCAUGGAACCGCUCUGUGGCUAAACGUCGCACAUUUCAAGGUUCAAGGUUCAAGGUUUCUUUAUUGGCAUCAACAGCUGGGUACGUGUCCACAGUGAGACGAGGCCACGCCUCCCCGUGGCCACAGAGCAACAUAUAGUGACGUAUCAUAUCAAAGUAAUACCAUAAUAGACAAUACAAUAACAGAACUAUAAAGACUGUGCAAUAAAGAAGCCACCAAAGUGUGACUGUUUGUUUGACUUUGUAGAAAAUAAAUCUACAGAAGAUCAUGAAGUGUCUGCACCAUGAAACGCCGGUCAAACUUCUACGUUUGAGUUAGUGUCGCAAGGAACAGCUGACAGAGUUGUGUCAUUAAAAACCAGGUUAUAUUGUCGACUUGUAUUCAUUCAUUACACACAAUUCACUCAGUGUCGUCACUGAGUGUAAAAUAAUUAAAAAUAUCCUGGUGCUGUGUGAGGUCACUUCCUCAUGCCGUCCUCCCACUGUCACACUGACGUGGAGCUGCCAUGUCCAUUUGUUAUCCAAGGUCACAAGUGUUUGCACGACAUUGUCAAGAAAGCAGACUCGACGUGGAGGAAACACACAUGAACAGGAAGUCAGACCCUUCUGCAUUCCAAAAUAAGAUGUGUCAAUGGUUAGUUCAUGACGAAUCCUGGUAACACACGUUAUGACAAAUCUAUCUAACAGCGGUCGGCAAGUUCGGUUUAUAAUCAAUCAAUAUUCAAUAAAACGGAAAAAAAAAAUCUUCAUCGAUCGUAAACUUUUUUUCUUUUAAUCUAAAAUAUUCAACAUUGUACAAAAAGGGCAAAUUUUAGAGAUGUGUUUGUAAAAGGAAACUUGAAUUUGCCACAGAAUGUAAUAAGGACAUAAAUAACAUGUUGAUAUUUUGUGUAAGUUUAGAGAGAUUUUUUAUUUUUCUUAUUUGUUUUUGCAGUAAGGGCGGUGGUUAAUUUUCCUUAAUCAAAUCAAUUAUUUGCAAUCAUUUGCAGGUUUCCUGUUGUCUGUUUUGAAUUUGUGUGGCUUUUUAUCUUUCUGCUUCCACGUCAUGCCUUGCUCUAACAUCUAUGUUUGUACAUUUUGCAUCAUUAGAAGUGUUUAACGCUGCACAGUGCAAGAAAAAAAGAAAAGAUGACAUGAUAAAUAAAAUCCUUUUCAGGUUCAGGGAACACAUAAAAUCAACCGUCACUGGUUUACAACUUGUUUGUGUGUGUGUGUGUGUGUGCUUAAAUGUGUACAUUUAAAGCGACGUGCUGGUGUGAUUGUGAAUCUGUUUUCUUCCAGAAUAAUUCUUUUUUUUCCUUAGUCAAGUCAGUUCAUGUGCAGGACGGUGAUGUUCUAACUUAACGUGCUGAACAAAGUAUUGACAGCUUCAUAAUCUCAUGGUCAUAUAUGCUUCGUUAGCUUGUACCUUGCAUGCACGCAGCCUUAUCAAGAUGUCUGAUAAAGUUUGGUUGUCUUGUGGGAAAAAAAGCUUUGAGCACAUUUUUAU